UGCUUUCCAAAUCAAGAAUGCACAGCUGCGCAUGCGUGUGAUGUCCAUCGACCGUGAAUCGGUGUAGUGUGGGAGCGCAGUCGAAGGAUCCGAGGGCUGUUUUGUGGAAGCGCCUCAGACAUGGAUGGGACAGAGAGGAGUAGGAAGAGCGGCGCUGGUUCGCAAGCUGAACUGCCCGUGAUGGAACUCAACGGAAAAGAUAAGAGCGGCGCGCCAGCAGACAGAGUCACACUAAAGAAAGAAAUCGGACUUCUCAGCGCCUGUGCCAUUAUAAUUGGCAACAUCAUCGGUUCUGGCAUCUUCAUCUCCCCUAAGGGAGUCCUGGAGCAUGCUGGGUCCGUGGGCCUGUCCCUCAUCGUGUGGGUGUGUGGAGGGGGCAUCUGUGCCCUGGGAUCCAUGUGCUACGCCGAGCUGGGUGUCACCAUCCCCAAGUCGGGGGGAGACUACUCCUACGUCACGGAGAUAUUCGGAGGCCUGGUGGGGUUCUUGCUCCUGUGGAGCGCUGUGCUCAUCAUGUAUCCCACCACCCUGGCUGUGAUUGCUCUCACCUUCUCCAACUACGUUCUGCAGCCCGUCUUCCAGAACUGUGUGCCUCCAUACUUAGCCAUCAGGCUACUCUCGACCACCUGUAUUUUGUUCCUGACGUGGGUGAACUGUUCCAGUGUUCGCUGGGCCACCAGGAUCCAGGACUUCUUCACCGUGGGAAAGCUUCUGGCCCUGGUCCUGAUUAUCAUUGUGGGACUGGUUCAGAUAUGCAGAGGUCACUAUGAUGCUCUGAGACCCAGUCAGGCGUUUGAGUUCACACGGGACCCAUCCGUAGGGCAGAUAGCCCUGGCCUUCCUCCAGGCUUCCUUCGCCUUCAGUGGAUGGAACUUCCUCAACUACGUCACAGAGGAGGUGGUUGAGCCGCGCAAGAACCUACCCAGAGCCAUCUACAUCUCCAUCCCAUUGGUGACGUUAGUCUACACAAUGACCAAUAUAGCCUACUUCUCCUCCAUGACCCCUGAGGAGCUGCUGGCGUCCAAUGCCGUGGCUGUGACGUUUGGUGAGAAGUUACUGGGUAUGUUCUCCUGGGUGAUGCCCAUCUCUGUAGCUCUGUCCACCUUUGGGGGGAUCAACGGCUACCUCUUCACCUCUUCCAGGUUGUGUUUCUCUGGGGCCAGAGAGGGACAUCUGCCCUACCUGCUGGCUAUGAUUCACCUGAAGAACUGCACUCCUAUUCCUGCCCUCUUAGUCUGUUGCACAGCCACCAUCGUGAUUCUGUGUAUCGGAGAGACCCAUAAUCUCAUCAACUACGUCUCCUUCAUUAACUUCCUGUCCUAUGGGGUGACCAUUGCUGGUCUCCUGUACUAUCGAUGGAAGAAACCCAACAUCCUGCGUCCCAUCAAGGUGAGCGUACUGAUCCCUGUCAGUUACCUGGUGUUCUGGGCCGUGCUGCUGGGGUUCAGCCUGUACUCGGAGCCCGUAGUUUGUGGCAUGGGGAUUGUGAUCAUGCUGACUGGUGUACCUGUCUACUUCGUCGGGGUCCACUGGAAGAACAAGCCUAAAUUUGUCUACAACAUCGUGGAGUGCGUGACCUACGUGGGCCAGAAGCUAUGUUUUGUGGUCUUCCCCCAAGAGGACCUCUCAGAGAUAUCCCCCCUCACAGCCCCCAACAAACACAAAGACUGACCCUGCUGCCUGUCUUCUGGGGACUAGUUAAAACACAACGACUGACCCUGCUGCCUGUCUUCUGGGGACUAGUUAAAACACAACGACUGACCCUGCCACCUGUCUUCUGGGGACUAGUUAAAACACAACAACUGACCCUGCCGCCUGUCUUCUGGGGACUAGUUAAAACACAACGACUGACCCUGCCACCUGUCUUCUGGGGACUAGUUAAAACACAACAACUGACCCUGCCGCCUGUCUUCUGGGGACUAGUUAAAACACAACAACUGACCCUGCUGCCUGUCUUCUGGGGACUAGUUAAAACACAACGACUGACCCUGCCACCUGUCUUCUGGGGACUAGUUAAAACACAACAACUGACCCUGCCGCCUGUCUUCUGGGGACUAGUUAAAACACAACAACUGACCCUGCCGCCUGUCUUCUGGGGACUAGUUAAAACACAACAACUGACCCUGCCACCUGUCUUCUGGGGACUAGUUAAAACACAACGACUGACCCUGCUGCCUGUCUUCUGGGGACUAGUUAAAACACAACGACUGACCCUGCCACCUGUCUUCUGGGGACUAGUUAAAACACAACAACUGACCCUGCUGCCUUUCUUCUGGGGACUAGUUAAAACACAACGACUGACCCUGCUGCCUGUCUUCCUGGGACUAGUUUGACCUCCAUUAGCUUCUUCUGGUUUCGUUCAACUCCUGGUGCUCCUGAUUGGCAGUCUUACCCACCAUGCACUGCUUCCUUGAGGGCCCCCAGGCGCCUGUUGUUUGCUCAAACGCGUCCCAACCACUGAGGCCCUGAAAAUUCCAAGUAAAGCUAGGAAACCACACUGUUUGAAAACGGACCUCCUCUUUCACAAGGAACUUUUUGCACUCCGAUUGGUUUUCAGGGAGUUUUGUUCUCAAUUUUGUCUUUUGUUUUUGAAUAUUCUAUUGUGCCUUACCAGUGGGAAAAUGUUUGUUGUUUUGUUGAUUAAUUAUUAAUUUACUUAAAUGUCCCACUGCUUCCUGAGACUUCCAUGAACCUGACUGACCUACUCAUAUUGUUUGGUGUUGCCAGGAGAGGGGGAGUGUGGUACCCUAUUCCCUUUGUAGUGCACUACUUUGGACCAGAGCUCAUGAGGAAUAGGGCGCCUUUGGGGAUGCUCACAAUCUCGUUGUGGAGGAGAGAUACAAUGGAAACACCCUGAAGCGUUCCUCAGAGAUAAGAAAAUAAUUCCAGCACUUGCUCAACUUGCUUUUUAGUCCAAGUGCCUGAGACAUUUGUGCUUUAUCUUUCCAAGUCCUUGUAGCUCAUUGUGAUGUUUGGCUAGACAAAGUCAGCAAUGGGCUUGACUAGAGGCCACCUGCCUCUAGACUCACCUGCCUCACUUUUCAAGGAAAUUCUAAACGUAAAGAUGCGUGUUCCAAACCAGACGCCAUUAAGUUACAUUAGUCACUAGAACUUUGUCGUUGAGGCACUUGCGAUGUCCACAACUAUGAAGGCCAGAGGAUUAGCCCUGUUCUCUCUAGAUAUAUUUCAGUCUGACAGUAUUUCCUGCAGGACUCCCUGUUUAGUCCAUUGCUUUUCCCACCUGCUGUCCAGGGAAUGCAGAUGAGGAUUCAUUUUUAUCGGUGUGGCCCAUAGCAGCUGUCAGACAGCUGGGGUUCUGAUGUUCUGCACUUGGAUGGUUCUGCAGGGUUCUUUAAAUGCAUGGGUUGGUAAUUAUGGUAACUACACUAGUUAAAUGAAGCCAGGCGUCUUGUCCACCUACAGCCAGCACUGCCAAUCAUCAGAGCAAUGCAUUGUUGGGUUAUACCGACACUACAGACAAUGUCCCAGGCAGUACUUUGUCAUGGCUUCAAUGCCUCAUGCCAUGGCAUCUCAUUGGUGGAAGAAGUGAUGCAUCCAGGUCAAAUACACAAGAAGUGACCUCCAUUAAGCCUGGAAGUGACCUCUGUUAAGCCUGGAAGUGACCUCCAUUAAGCCUAGUUCUUUCCGUUUUUGGGGCUUUAAUUUGUCCCUGUGAUGGAUUGGCUGUCACUCAUGCAUCUGAAUUGUUAAAUGUCAACAACACGCAUUUGACUGAAUCCUUCCCUAAAGGUCCCUGAUCAAUGGAAAGUGACUGUUAAGAUUAUUUCAGUUAAUUAUAUUAGACUUAUAUUAUACUCUCACACACACACUCACACACGCACACGCACACACAUACACACACACACACACACACACAUACACACACACAUACACACACACACAUACACACACACAUACACACACACACACACACACAUUUACCUUUUACUAUCUUGAUAUUAUUCCCAUUUUUAAAUCCUAUUUCCUUAAACUUAUAACUAACCCCAACCCGUAAUCUUCUGACCUUAAUUCUAACCAUAACCUCUUACCAUAAGCUUAACCCUGGAAUUGAGAACAUCCUGGAGACGGCCCGGCGCGAGUUAAGACAGGAUGGGUUUUAUUCAACUUUUUAUUUGAUAUUUUUGUUCCUACCUGGAAAAUAAAACAUGCCCACAGGUUUUAUUCUGUUUCAAAUGCCACCCUAUUCUCUAUAAGGCCAUUUGGUACACACUAAUGUACAACGCUGUUUCCCAAAAAAUGACGCUGCGCAAAAUGUAAAUAAAAACAGAAUGCAAUGAUGUGCAAAUCAUUUAUCUCAAUAUUUUAUGGAAAAUGGUUGCGUUUGGUUGGUGGUCCAGUUCGGGGUCCCCGCCAAAUGUUUUCAAUGGGUGAUAGGUCUGGACUGCAGGCAGCCCGGUUUAGCCCUGAAAAAUAUGUUGCC